CAAUGGUCCGCUCUCGCCUUCCAUGCGCGGCGCUUGGCCCAAUACGGAAAACCAUUUACUGCAACAUCUGACCUCAUUUCAUAUUGUCCCGACGAUGAUCGCGUGAGCUUCACAAUCCGUGGACACAAUACAGUUCGUCAAAAAUCCAGCAUCAUGGAGCAAGCACUGCAGAAACGCACACACAGGCCUGUCCUCCUGCGGGUCCGCCUACAAUGGCUGCUCGUCGUUCCCUUGCUCCUCGCAAUCCUGGGUGUCGUCAUGCUUGUGCUUCACUCCGAUUACAACAUCCCCGCGCUGUAUUCGCAGUGUCGCGCGCACUCGCGGUUACACGCACUCUCCAAAAUACCUGUCAUCGGUCCGCCAACCUGCUUUCUCAUCAGUUUCUUCCAGUUCGCCAACGCAUCGGCCCGCUCGUUCGCCCGCAUGAGCGUCAUUCUCAGCUUUGUGUCGGCUCUGCUGGCGACCAAUCUUGUCGAGUCCGCAAGGCUUUGCAACAAGCCGAGCCGGGUCAUCUACAAACCUACCAUCCCCUGGUUGGUAUUCAACUUGCUGGGUGGCGCCUUGGUAUGGGAUCUGCUCAUUGUGCCGAGUUUCUUGCUGAGAGCAAAGGAUGUCCAGGCUGCGAGAGAGUCGCGUAGAGCUGAACGUAUCAGGGAAGCUGACUCUGAUAUCGACCGUCAGGUCCGGUGUCUGUCUAGUCAGGUUGAAGUUUGGGCCAUCCCGGUUGCAGUGGUCAUUGGAUUCGUGGUGCCAAGUGUGGUCAUGCUAGCGGUGAACGGUCCGAUCAGUAUCGCUGUGUGGCUCUUCUUCCCGCUCUGGGUGUCUGCCAUUCGAUACGCGGUCAAGAUAGUUGGAGUCAACUCCGUUGUCGACCCCGAGCCAUAUCACCUUGAGUCGCGGCGAUGGCCCACUGUCGGAAUCUAUGCUGUGCCGGUCUUAUGCUCCGUGCUAGCGCAUGGCCUGCUGAUAUGGAACUUAUUCAGCCAUGAGGAUCGCAAGGAGAUGACUCGUGUUACUAUUCGGUUCAUUCAGAUCGACUUCGCCAUCAUUGUGCUGACAGUGGUAUACUGGAUCUUGGUCGAGGCAGGAGUUAUUGUCACGUUAGCGUUUCUGGGGCUCUCGAUCCUCCUUGGACCUGGGGCGGGUUUAUGUGCUGCUUGGGUGCUUAGGGAAAAGGCAAUCGAGAGAUAUCCCGAUGGAACAGAAGAGCAGGAAGGAGACCAAGAGCAGGGAGAUAAUAAUGAGCAAACGCCAUUGCUACAAUAGGACAACACCAGGACUCCAUACUUGGGCACCAGGCUCUCAGAUAGCUCUCAGAUAUCACGAUACACGGGACAAUACAGCAGCCAUACAUGACAUUUAUAAGAGGUUUCACAAUCCACCCGAAUGGCAAGGGAAUAUGCGGGUGUUUUCUCUAUAACCCUGAUAUUUUCGUCCGCAGCAUGUAUAGAGGACAGCGAAGCUCGACAACUGACCUGGCAAAUCUCAUCGGAAUAUUCAGGGGAUUCUGGGAGGAAAUGAGUAAGCACCUUCACAAAAAGUUUUGCUAUUAGCCUAAAGAGCACAAUUUUGCCAAUAAGAAACUUCCGUAGUUGACUGUCUUCCAUCGUCUCGUUACUACUCUCGACUAAGAGAUAUGUCUGUUAGCUCAA